UAUCCUGCAUAUCAUUCAGGAGCGACACAAGCAUGCCGUUUCCCAUCGACUAACUCUAACAAAACGUAACAAUAAUCGAUUAUACUACACAACGGGGCACAUUAGUCGGUCGCUGAGUUCAUCUGAGGUCACCAGAAAAAAAAAAUGUCCCGCGGGUCUAACGCAGGUUUCGACCGACACAUCACCAUAUUUUCACCGGAGGGCCGCCUCUACCAAGUCGAGUAUGCCUUCAAAGCCAUCUCCCAGAGUGGGUUAACAUCUGUUGGGGUCAGGGGGACAGACAGCGUUGUGGUGGUCACGCAAAAGAAAGUACCGGACAAGCUGCUGGACUCCUCCACUGUGACAAACAUGUUCAAACUAACUCCUCGCAUUGGCUGUGUGAUGACUGGACACAAUGCUGACGGUCGUUCACAGGUUCACCGGGCCCGGGUGGAAGCUGGCGAAUGGAAAUAUAAGUUCGGUUAUGACAUCACAGCAGAUGUGUUGUGUCGUAGGCUGGCUGAUAUCUCCCAGGUCUACACACAAAAUGCAGAGAUGAGACCUUUAGGCUGCUGUAUGAUUCUGGUGGCUAUUGACCCCCAGCUCGGACCUGUCCUGUAUAAAUGUGACCCAGCAGGCUACUACUGUGGAUUCAGAGCCACAGCGGUUGGUGCCAAGCAGACAGAGGCUAACAGCUACCUAGAGAAAAAACUGAAGAGGAAGCAAGAAUGGUCACACGACGGGACAGUGCAGAUGGCUAUAUCCUGUCUGUCCUCUGUUCUGUCGUUGGACUUCAAGGCUUCUGAGCUGGAGGUCGGCGUGGUGACCAAAGACAAACCUAAGUUCAGGACGCUGUCAGAGGCCGAGAUUGAAGCCCACCUGGUGGCCAUCGCUGAACGGGAGUAGAGGCUCGCUCACAAACGGCGCUCAGCAGUUCAUCACAGCAUCCUAUGUUGAGUGUGUUAGAUUCAACCCGGUUUAGCCACACUGUUGCCUACAGUCUGAAGACAAACGCACAGUUUUUCAUCCAUUUAUUCUUGAGGACGGAUUAUGUGCACUUGAGGAUUUUCUUUUAAAGAAUCAAUACAAGUGUGAUUUCUAGUGAUUUACACAAAUCUUUAGUGGGCUUUAAAAGAGUUUGGCCUCUGGUAUAUUAAACCAUCUUUUGUAAACACACAGACAAUGCUUUAAGUGACACAUGACGUCAUCAUAUGUCCAUGACUAAGUAAUUGUUGGUUGAUAACAGAACAUUACUCAUGGUUGUUUUGAUACUUGAUGUUUAUACCCAUCCCACAUCACAUUAAAGCUGUCCACUCACUGAGUCACUGUCAACCCUUUUACAACAGUCAUAAUAAAAAAAAAAAUAAAAAAAAAGAAAUCUAAAA